AUGAGCAGGAAGGAUCUGGAUGAAGAAAGCUUCUGCUGUUCCAUCUGUCUGGAUCUGCUGAAGGAUCCGGUUACUAUUCCCUGUGGACACAUCUACUCCAUGAAAUGUCUUCAAGGAUUGUGGGAUGAAGAGAACGUCCACAGCUGUCCUCGGUGCAGGAAGACCUUCACAGCGAGGCCUGUUCUGGUGAAAAGCACCAUGUUAGCAGUUUUAGUGGAGCAGCUGAAGAAGACCGGACUCCAAGCUGCUCCUGCUAGUCUCUGCUCUGCUGGAUCUGAAGAUGUGGUCUGUGAUGUCUGCACUGGAAGAAAACUGAAAGCCAUCAAGUCCUGCUUGAGCUCUGCAUUUAGGAAACAGAAGCUGGUGGAACCCUCCAAGAACCUGCAGGAGAACAUCUGCUCCCGUCAUGAUGAGGUGAUGUUCUGUCGCACUGAUCAGAAGUGUAUCUGUUAUCUCUGCUCUGUGGAUGAACAUAGAGGCAACGACACAGUCUCAGCUGCAGCAGAAAGGACUGAGAAGCAGAGAGAGAUGGAGGAGAGUCAACAACAAAUCCAGCAGAGAAUCCAGGACAGAGAGGAGGUGAAGCUGCUUCAACAGGAGGUGGAGGCCAUCAAUCACUCUGCUGAUCAAACCGUGGAGGACAGUGGGAAGAUCUUCACUAAGAUGAUCCUUCUCAUCCAGAAAAGAAGCUGUGAUGUGAAGCAGCAGAUCAGAGCCCAGCAGCAAACUGAAGUGAGGCGAGUCAAAGGUCUUCAGGAGGAGCUGGAGCAGGAGAUCACUGAGCUGAAGAGGAGAGACGCUGAGCUGAAGCAGCUCCCGCUCACAGAGGAUCACAGCCACUUUCUGCUAAACUACCCCUCACUGCCACCACUCAGUGAGUCCACCCCCUCAGCCAUCAUCAAUGUCCGUCCUCUGACAUACUUUGAGGAUGUAACAACAGCUGUGUCAGAGCUCAGAGACAAACUGCAGGACAUUCUGAGAGAGGAAUGGACAAACAUCUCACUGACAGUCCCUCGUGUGGACGUUUUACUGUCAGAACCAGAACCAAAGAGCAGAGCUGACUUCCUCGGAUAUUUAAGUCAAAUCACACUGGAUCCAAAUACAGCAUGCAGACAUCUGUUACUGUCAGAUGAGAACAGAAAGGUGACAUAUAUGGAAAAACCUCAGUCUGAACAUCCAGACAGAUUCACUAUUCAUGCUCAGGUUUUGAGUAGAGAGAGUCUGACUGGACAUUGCUACUGGGAGGUGGAGACGAGAGGAAACUGUUUAUGUAACAGUCGCAUACAAGAACAUCAGCAGAUCUGGAAAUGAUAGUGUAUUUGGUUAUAAUGAUAAAUCUUGGUCAUUAGUUUGUUCUCCAUUCAGUUUCUCAUUUUACCACAAAAGCAUAGGAACCUCCAUCUCAGCUCCUGGUUCCUCCAGAGUAGGAGUGUACCUGGAU